AUGCCCGGUCAUGCUUAUAGCCAGUGGCGAAAUAAGGUUAAACGCCUUUUUAUGUCCAUGACUUUGGUUGGACUGGGCUUUCUGAUGCUUUCAAACUUCUUUUUGAAUGACUCUCCUCAGAAAAUUUUGCAACCUCCUCCGCCUGCUCCCGUUUCAUCCUCUGCCGUAAAAAAGCUACUUGAAGAACCAUUAUCCCAGGAAAAGCCCGUGCCAGUUCCAAAUGUUGAAUCUUCAACAGUUGCGCUCACACGGCCACGAGUUGGCAAAGUAUCAAUGAUUUAUGGUGAUCGCCCUAUCUAUAAUAGGGCAUUAGCAUCGCAUGAAGAACAUAGUCGCCGUCAUAAUUACCCAAUGAGCAUCUUACGCACGCCUAUUAUCGAUAGGAAGUGGAACAAAUAUCUCAUUCUCCUCUCAACUGUGCUCCGAGAGCUGGAAAAGCCAGAAGAUGAACGUUGGUUCGACAGCGAUACAGUCCUGAUGAAUUUGAACCUACCUUUGGAAGUAUUUCUUCCUCCCCCAAAUCUCCCAGACGUUCAUAUGUUAGUGAGUCAGGACCAAAACGGAAUAAACAAUGGGGUCUUCUUCAUCCGUGUUCAUUCCUGGUCUUUCGAGUUGCUCAAUAGCGCGCUUGCGUAUCCUCGCCUGAACAAAAACACACAAUUGCCGUUCGGGGACCAAUCUGCGCUGGGAAAAGUCUUAGAAGAGAACGAAUAUUUCUCGCAAUCCGUUGUGUACUGCCCAUCACGUUGGUUCAACCCGUAUAGGAGGUCAGAGAAUGGGGAGCUACCACAAACUGAGGCAUUACCUAAGUCUAUGGUCAUCCAUCCUGGGGACUUACUUGUUCAUUUUGCAGGCACUGCCGAUGCUGGGAAAUUAGAGGAGGCCAUGCGGCCAUACAUUGAGAUAUCAGAACAACGAAGGCCUGAUUGGAAUGUACCCUUAGAAAACACUCAUUACGUCAAACAGGCAGCUUUGUUCUGGGAUACACAUGUCCUUCCAAAGACAGAAGACACAGACAUGCUACUCAAGGUUAUUUUUGAAGGCGAAUAA